AUGAAAACUCAGGAAUGUAAAGGAUGUCCAGCAGGUAAGCUGAUGUUUUACUUUAUGUAACUAAAGACACUUUAAAGGGUCGUAUAGUCUUGGUGAUGGAGUAAGAUACGAUGGAUUCUCGAAGUUACCCGAUGGGUUUUCUAUCGAGAAUUUUGUAGAUGAUUCAGAACAAGUAUUUGGACAAAGACACAGCUAUAGUUGUCCUCAGAGGUAAAAUUAUCUACGCUUUGCAUUAUUCUAGUUCAAUAUGCACAUGUUUAUAUAUAGAUGAUUACAACUAGACGUCUAAAAAAUUAAUAAAAACUUAUCAUUAUGUUAAUUUGAAACUAUGUAAAUUGGAAAAAUAUUAAACCGCAUCUUCUAAAAUUUAGCCUUGUUUUAGUGCUGGCUGGACUGUGCAAGACAAUGAAUUAAGAUACAAUCCUACAUCUUGUGUAUCAAGAUUGAGUAUAUCAUUACAUUUGGUGAAGGAUGGCUACAUAGAGAUAUUCUAUCAACUGCCAAAGAAUCGGCAUUCGUUGAUAAGUGAUCUUGUCAUUAGAAACGAACAAUGUGAGAGCUAUGGGUAGGUUAAUAUAGUAUUACUCCAAGUUAAAUACCUAUAAGGUGUUGAAAUUAUAAACUCGAUAAGGGUCAAUGUAUUAUUACAUUAUAACUUUGACAUUUUGCAGCACACCUGAAAUAUUCAAGCGGAAGCGACCGGUCGAUGAAGAUAUAUCUACUGGGAACGAUUGGCACGUUAAGCGAGUUAACGUGAAGGGAGGUCAGAACCUUGUCGUAUGGACGAUUGUAUCAAAUCGAGACCUUACAACUUUAGCGGAUGUUAUCAGAGUACCAAGAAUCGAGAUAGUUGGAUUGGCUUACACUCCAAUCUGCAGUAAGUGUCCAGCUGGAAGUUACAGUAACGCAAAGUCAUCGCAAUGUUUUGGAUGUGCAGCUGGGUCUUACAGUACUAGGGGAUCCUCUACUUGUACGGCUUGUGGGAUAAACGAAUAUUCUGGUAUGUUGAUAUUAGUGAUAGUGAACUUGUUACUUUGUGUUGCUAUGACUAAUAAACAUUGUUAUAGGACCAAAAGCCGAAAAAUGCCAAAUUCGACCGAAUUGCCAAAGUGAUGAUUAUCGACCGGAGUACGGUAAAUGUGAAGAUGGCCAAAUAAAGAAAUCGUUUACAAAAGUAGAGCCAGAUGUCUGUGUCAGUCCAAAUGUAAGCAUUAGUUAUAAAAUUUUUAUAUUUUACCAGUGAUUUUGUAGAAUCUUAAAAUUUUAUCACUUAUAUAAUAUAUAUUAUUUACUUGAACGGGCCUUAAUGUAGCACUCUUUUUAGGCCCCAACCUCAACAUCAGAAUCAUGCAUCAAGUGUAGCGCCGGAACCCACCGUGAGAACGGUAGGUGUUCGUUCUGCAAGAAGGACGAGUAUUCUGAUGGUACCGCUUGUACCCAAUGUCCUAAUUCUACCAUCCCUGAAUAUGGUCUGUUCUACACGAAUUGGGAACAGAUGCCCGACUUCAUGAUGUCUGGAUGUGAAUAUAUAAUGGCAGAAGACCUGGGUGAAUGUCCUGUCAAAGGGUCCUGGAUACCAAAUGGAGAUCGUAUCGAAAGUGCUACGACAAGAGCCGAGGGGGUGGCAUUAGAAUUGUCAUUAAAUGUGACAAAUGGUUUCUACGAACCGCUACAGAGUCUGGAGAUGAAGCCGAGUGUAGAUCAUCCUGUAGCCAGACUCGACUUUGAAUUUGAGUUGAAUUGUCGGGAUGGGACUUGUCAAUUGUAUGUGGUAUUGGUAGAACUGGUGAGUACUGAGAAGUCCUAAUACCUUUUUUAAUUUAUUUUGUUAUCACAUUGAGUAUUAUAUAAUUUCUUUCUGAUGAGGUGCUCUAAGCUUUAUUCUAGAGUUUGAUAGCGAAGCGAGAAGGUUUCAAAUUCCUAGAAGCUUUCAAUGGACCUCAAAAAAGGCAAGUCAAGUCUUACUCCAUUGUAAAGAACGCUCCAGUACGAUUGGUGUUCGCUUUCAUGAGGUCGGGAGCUAGUCGAGGGAAUGAUGCUAUUGAUGACAAAGCUAUCAUCUACGCCCUUAAUCUUACAAAUGUAGCUGAUCAGACACAGAAAGGGAACGUUGGUGGAGCUAGGAGGUGUCGACAAUGUCCUUUGGCCAAGAAUAGCGAUGGCGAAUGUAAACCAUGUCCACAGGGACAUUAUAUUCAGGAAAAGGUAAUGAAGACAAGGGAGUGAUAAUCGGAUAACUUUCUUUAGUAGGAUUUUUUAUUUUAAAAUUCCAGACAAGCGAGUGCGUUAAGUGCCCUGAGGGUUCAGCUUUGAAUGCAACUUCAGACAUGAUUGGAGUUAAAAGUUGUGUGAAAUGUCCACGAAACAUGGGAUCAGUUGGAGGUUUUGAAUGUGGCUUUACUGGAAACCUGGAUCUACAAUUGGAUGACAAAACUACACAUUUUGAUCUUACCCCUCUCAAGCCACAGUAAGUAAAGAUUUAAUAAUAUAACGAAGGCUGUCCUAAGAUAAAAAUUAACUGUAACAUCUGGCCAAAGACAGUAUCUAGCGCUUCAAUAUAGACCGAAUGUUUCAGUUUUUAUUAUUGUUGACUAUUAUGUAAUACUAACGUUGACUAUAGUGUUAAUUUUCAGACCCUUAACUGCCAACGGGAUCAAAGUGUUUCCGCGCGAAGGUAACGCUUACUACCAUUCCUUCAACGUGAGUCUCUUCAACGAACCCGUAACUUGUGAAGACAGCUACGAAAGUGGACUCAUGGAUUCAUUGGCGCCUUUAGGCAUCGACUUCCAACUCUCAGACACUCGUCCCUUGUUCUGUAGAGCUACUGCCAUUCCAUUGCCGAAGGCCAAGAAUGUGAAUACAACAAAUAAAGUGGCAUUUGUGUCAGCUUUUAUGAUUGGCAGUAAAUUGGGGGCGAUAACGCAGAACAAGACCUACAAAGGCUUUGUUUUGGACGACAAACAGUUGGAGUACGGUAAGGAUUGUUAUUUUACACAUUGGUUUUUUAAUAACCAUCACUGUCCAAAUUUUAAAAAGGAAUCAUAAUAUAACCUUAACGUCUUCAGAUUCAAAAAUAAAAUCCACGACAAAACCAAUUGACAUUCACUUCUACUUUGAGCCAAUCCCGAGUAAAAGUGCCAGUUGCCCUAAUGGUACCAUUGGUGUGGUGACCACUCGUUGUGAUCCUUUAUUGGCUACAAAGCCAGAAGUCAGAACUUCGAAGAAUUGCCCGGAUGGUACCUGUAAUGGUUGUUUGUUCCAUAUUAUAGUCGAAAGUUCGUUUGCUUGCCCCAUUUGUGAUCCAUCGGACUUCGACGAGAUCAAAGGAGAAUGUCUCGAGGGGAAACAGAAGAUUCAUUCGAUUCCUUCUAAGUAAGAAUUGUACCAUAGUUAUGGUAGUAACUGAAUAGAAUAUUCUGCGUUUUGAUGUCUAUGUUUGUUUUUACAAGUCAUCAGAUUUAAAUAUUUUAAAUUUCAGGCAUUGCGUGCUAAGUGGAAUGCAAAGCCGUCAGCGUACAGAAGCCUGUUCCAACGUGUCAUCUAACGUGCGCCUGCUGUUUGUAUUGGCAUCAGGAUUAAUAGUGCUUCUGAUUUUAAUUAUUUACAACAUUCAUCGUCGAAACAAAACGUAAGUCAAAAGCAAUACCUAAGGAUAAAAAUGUAAUAUUAACUGACAAACGAGCUUUAAAUUUAAAUCAUCUUUUAAGCUUAGAAUUAUAAUUUACAGAAGAAUAGCUUACAAAAAUAGCGUUAUCACUUUGUUAUGCAAAAAAUAUUUCAGACUAGAAUACCGUUAUAUGAGAAUAGUAGAAGGUAAGGAACCUGACGAUCUGAAUACCUGUGGUUUGACCAGCGACGAGGAUGAAGAAGAAGACAAGGACAGAACAAAGGUCUUCUUCAACAAGAAACAGAAUCAGAAGGAGGACGACAGUGUUCGUGUGUCUACUACACGAACGCCGAAGCAGAAGAAUCCGAUGGAAGGCGAAAGUCUGGACUUCUUAUCAGAUGAAUCUGCUUAA